GCUGAUCAUAUGACGUUCCCUCUUUUCUGCAGUCUGUCCUUUAAAUAGAGAGGCAUGCAACAUUUAAAUACAACACGCCGGUCUAACAGGCAGCUCCGUCAUAUAUAUGUCAGUGUGCAGAACAAUGAGCAUGGAGCCUAAGUAGAAGCUCAUACACUCACAUUUAAGUCAAUUGAUUGACAGCCACGCAAGCUUACUUCAGGUUGCCACUGCACCACGGUUGCAGUCUGGAUACUCUGUUUGCCUAAACCGGUUUUGGUACAACAAAAAAAAAGAAAGAAAAAAAAGGCAACUCAUAGGGCGUUGAAAGAUUGAAGUGCUGCAAACACUGGGAAGGGAAACGACCUCCGAGCUGGUUGGAAUAAGGGUCCCUGUUUCUGCCCCAGACACCAAGUUUCCAUGGAGGCAGGCUCGUCCCUCAGCCUCAAACGAAGAUAUGAAGAGGUGGACCACAGCUCUCCAUUCUCCACACCGAAAGACUCCGACGAUGACAUCUCCAGCAGUGACAGCGCUGACAGCUGUGACAGCCUCAACCCCCCUUCCAGCACUGCAUUUACCCCCACCUCCAUCCUCAGACAGCACAAGCCGUCACCGGGGGGGAAACGGGUACGCUUUGAUGUGGUGACGGUGUAUUACUUCCCCCGACGGCAAGGGUUCACCAGCGUGCCCAGCCAAGGGGGCAGCUCUCUGGGCAUGGCCCGGCACCACUCCUCCAUCAGGCACUACACGCUGGGCGAGUUCGCCCGCGAACAGGAAACAAGCCACCGCCACACGUUAAGGCAGCACCUGCGCCAAGAGAAGCUCAAUGCCCGCAAGAUGAAGCUGACAAGGAACGGCACAGUGGAGUGCGCUCAGGCGGACCUGCUGACUCUGGAGGACGUAUCAGAUGAGGACCUGGACGUGGACGGGGUGGAGGUGGACGACUGUUUCUUCCUCCAGCCGCUGCCCACAAAGCGUCGCCGAGCCCUCCUGCGAGCCUCUGGCAUCGCCCGCAUAGACGCCCGGGAGAAAGCUGAGCUCAGAACCAUCCGCCUCUCGCGGGAGGAAUGCGGCUGCGACUGCCGCUUGUACUGCGACCCUCGCCACUGUGGCUGCAGCCAGGCUGGCAUUAAGUGCCAGGUGGAUCGAAUGUCAUUCCCAUGUGGCUGCUCUAGGGACGGCUGUGGCAACGUAGCGGGCCGCAUCGAGUUCAACCCUCUACGUGUCAGAACCCAUUACCUGCACACCAUCAUGAAGCUGGACCUGGAGAAAAGAAGAAUGCUAAUCCAAGGCACUGGGGACCAGUAUGGUGAAUCUGACCAGAUGUCCUCCCCCUCCUCCACCUGCCCCACUUCUCCAGACCUAUCCUCGGCAGCUGGCCUUGACUCUGAGCUGGAGGAGAGCGAGGUGCAGACAGUAGUGGAGGUUCAGGAUCUCCUGGCAGAGCAGGACAUUCUGGAGCGAGAAAACGAGACAGCUGUUUUGCACCUGCAGAGCGCGGAGGAGCAGGAGAGGAGGGAGAGGGAGGAGGCAGAGGGGGAGACGGUGCAGCAGGAGCUGGGUGCUGGAGGUCUCACGGAGCAGCCUCUCUGCCUCCUGCCUGGUGCUCUGGGAGGGGAGCUGCCCGAGCAGGCAGAGGUGCCGGGUGUGGAGCAGGUCCUCCUGCAGGGGCCGUUCCCCACGGGGGCCACGGUCCUCUGCAUCACUGACAACCAGGAGGAGAGCCCCUCUGACCUCCUCAAAGACUCCACUUCUCUGCUCUACUAUGAGCUCAGUCCCAUAGAGCCUGAAGCCUUUGAGACUCUGCCCAGAGCAGAGGAGGCUCGACAAGAUUCAGGAGGAGGUGCAAGGAAACAAGGAGGAGGAGGAGGAGGAGAGGAGGAAUCAAAGGAUGAUAAGCCUGAAGAGAUCAACCGCAGGCAGAGCUUAGGCAAGUCUAUGACCAAUGUGAAUCUGUGCUCGGAGGAGUGCAUGGCAGGAGUGGAGGAGAGGCCCUCGAGUCCCCAGCAGGGCCUCCCUGAAGCGCAGUGCCACCGGGAGUUGUGCUUGGAAGGAGAAGUAAAUCCACUGCCUCCAGAAGUUUAGUUCUAGCUUCUCUGCAGAUAUUUUGCACAAUAGCUUCAUCUAAGAUGAAAAAAAAUAAUACAUGUUUCACAAUUAUUACUGCUAUCAUCAAGAAUUAUUACAGGUUGCAAUCUCUUGUAGUGACUGUCAUGUAAUUAUGUGGAGCAUGAGGUCGAGUAUUACAAUCCAUGAGGGAAGGGGGAUGCUGAGAGCACAUACAGAUCACUCCCCGGGAGUUAUAUGGAUGCAUGUAUAAGGCAACAUUGUACAUAAUUCUGUUGGGGGUGUUGAACGCGGCCUUAAUGGAAAAAAUACAUAAAAACACUUGUGGGAGUCAUUUGUAAACGAGAAAGUACAGCAAGUAGGGCUUUGUUAAUUUCCAAUGUAGCGAACAGAAAAACACAAUGUAUGAAUGCUGACAUAAGCUUUUUGUUUGGUGAAGUAUAACACUAUAAUCACUGAACACAAAUUGUUUUGCAGCACACAAGAAGCUGGUCAUUUCAGGGCUCGACAGUAAAGGUAGCCAGGUUGUCAUUGGCAACCAUUUUGAGAAAUUUGCAACCAAUUGUUAACCUGUUAAAUAGGGACAACAAACUGCAAAAUGUGCACCCAUGAAUAAAUAUUUUGUAAUAUUUGUUACAUUAAAUGAUAUUCAAAUAUUUCUGUUACAGUCAGAACCAGACAACGCCACACGUACGUUGGUGCGUUUACUCGCGUGCGCAUAGUCAUCUCUUUUAGAGACAAUGGUGAAUGACUGUGAACAUUUUGAUUUACCCAUCUACAUCACAAAUGAGUAUGAAAAUUGAUUGAACUGUUAAAGAACCAGAUGAACCAGAACGAAAAGGAAAAAUGUUGCCGGCAUCUUUGAGCUGGACUGAGAAUUAAGCUGCAGAGCAUGUACAACACCUGCAUAAGUGACACAUCAAGUUCACUAACUCGAAGCAACACAAAAAUAUCUGGAUGGAUGCUGGGGGAGCUGGUACACCCAUUGGCGAGCCGAUGAACCGCCAUUUGCAAGAUUUUCAUUAUUAAGCUGACGUAUAACUGCAUCGUAUCUUAUACCACAUGACCAAUUUUGGGAACCAAAAACUGAUUCCUGGUUGCCAGCCUGGCAACCACUUUUAAAAGUUAGUGUUGAGCCCUGUAAUUUCAGACACUUACUGGCUCACUUUCCAUUGCGGCAAACAUGUGCCGUCAAGCCAAAUGAAGGCCUCUGAUAGUAUCAUCUGUUGAAAAUAGACCUAAUAAUCCUGGAAAUACUUGUGUUUGUGUACUGUAUAUGUGUUUGCGAUGUGCAAGACAGAGCCAAGGU